AUGACGACUUCUCACCAUCGGAACCCCUCCGUCGCGGAAGAACCUGUGACUUCUGUUCUUCCAGACGGCGACAUACCUUACGAUCCCACGCAUUCUUUGAACCCGGAUGAAGAGGUUCUGGCGGCACUUGGUUACAAAUCCGAGUUCAAGAGAGAAUUUUCCCUCUUUACCACAUUCUGUGUCAGUUUCGCAGUUCUGGGUCUACUGCCCAGUUUCGCAUCUACACUGUAUUAUGGCAUGGGCUAUGCAGGGACAGCUGGCAUGACCUGGGGUUGGAUCGUAGCCAUGAUAGGAAUUCAAUGUGUGGCUAUGAAUUACAGCGGCACCGUCCGGCAAGUACAAAACCGUCAUCCCUUGUUGAUGAUUACGGGCAAAGAGUUGACUGUUCGAGCAGUCAAUUAUGGAAUUGCGGCCAUGAUACUUGCGGCGGCUAGUAUCAACGAUCCAUCUUACGUCCCCACAGACUAUCAGACGUUCUUGCUAACCGUCUUUAUCAUGAUACUGCAUGCCAUUCUUUCCUCGAUGCCGACACGCUGGCUCGCACAAUUCAAUUCUGCUGGUUCGACAUUCAACUUCAUCGCGCUCGUUGUCGUCAUCAUCAUGAUACCAGCCGGCACAGACCGCACAGAACGUGGCCUUCCUCGUUUUGCUCCUUCAAGCGAAGUUUGGGGCACGAUCUAUGAGGGAACAUCCUUUCCAGCCGGCAUCUCAGUUUUGAUGUCCUUUAUCGGCGUUAUCUGGACUAUGUCCGGCUACGAUUCACCGUUCCAUCUUGCAGAAGAAUGCUCUAAUGCGAACAUCGCUUCUCCGCGCGCUAUCGUCCUAACGUCGGCCACCGGGGGUAUAUUUGGCUGGUUCCUGCAGCUGGUUGUUGCAUACACUGUCGUUGAUAUCGACCUAGUCCUUGACUCGGAGCUUGGGCAGCCGUUCGCCGCAUACCUGAUGCAGUGUAUGUCGCAAAAGAUGACAUUGGCCAUCCUUGCCCUAACCAUCAUCGCGGGGUUCAGCAUGGGUCAAGGGUGUAUGAUUGCCGCAAGCCGAGUCACAUUCGCCUAUGCUCGUGAUGAUUGUUUCCCUCUGAGUAAGUACUGGAAGAGAGUCAACCGACAUACUCAAACGCCUGCAAACGCCGUGUGGUUCAACUGCGCAGUCGGUAUACUGUGCCUGCUGCUCAUCUUUGGUGGAGAGUUGGCAGUUGGAGCGCUGUUCUCGAUUGGCGCUAUUGCAGCUUUUGUCGCAUUUACUAUACCAAUCUUCAUCCGCGUCUUUCUUGUAGGGAACCGUUUCAGACCGGGUCCCUGGAACCUAGGGAAGUACUCUAGCGCAAUUGGCAGCGUCGCAUGCGUGUUCGUCUUGCUUAUGAUACCUAUCCUAUGUUUCCCCAGCAUAACCGGAGCAGACUUGACUGUUGCAGACAUGAAUUGGACAUGUGUUGUCUACGGUGGCCCAAUGUUGUUGGUAACGAUAUGGUGGUUCGUUUCAGCGCACAAAUGGUUUAAAGGACCAAAGGUAAACAUUGAGCACAUGAUGCUCGGACGAGAAGAGGCCGUGGUUGUCGGACAGGGGUCGGUAGAUGGGAAGGAUGGCGAUAGCUCGUUGGGGGAUGUAAAAGCGCCAGAAAAGAUUACCAAAUCUUGA